AUGUUACUCUAUAGUAAUGUUACAAUAAAAAAUCCCACAGUUCCAAUAAUUACGUCGCCCCAAUAUGAUGAUUCGAUAAUUCAGGGGUCUACAGAAAAACCAACAGAGACGGUAGUGGAAGAGGUAAAGGAGGAAUUUAAGGCGGAAUGGUCGGUUGAAAAGAAUAGUAAUCGAGUCAGUCCAGAAGCUGGUGCUGGUAGUGGUGGGAAUAAGAAAUCAAAAGAUCGAGCAAAGAAACGAUCUAAACAAUUAAAUUUAUCAAAUUUAUUAGAACUGAAGAAGAAACAGAAAUUACAAGAAUCAAAAUUGAAUUCAUUAGAUUUAAUGGAAUUCCUCAAAUAA